AUGGGUGCUCCUUCUGCAAUGCUGAGCUUCUAUCCAGAUCUCCCAAAAGUGGAGGGCACAAGGGCAUGUGGAGAAUUUGUGUUCCUCAUGGACCGCUCUGGAAGUAUGGGAUCCUGCUUGAGUUACCAGGAUUCUCAGCCAUGCAUAGAGGCUGCCAAGGAAACUCUGUUGCUGUUGCUGAAGAGUUUGCCUAUGGGUUGUUAUUUCAACAUCUAUGGAUUUGGAUCUUCCUAUGAAAAAUUCUUUCCGGAGAGUGUGAAGUACACUCAGAAAACAAUGGAAGAGGCAGUGAAAAGAGUGAAAGAUCUGAAAGCAGACCUUGGGGGCACUGAAAUCUUGACACCACUCCUUGACAUUUACAAAGGACCCUCCAUUCCUGACCAUCCCUUACAGUUUUUCACAAAGUUGCUGGAAAAAAAUGCUGUUCUGCACCUGAUUUCCCUCCAAAAGGCAAAUGGCUCCUGGGAGCUGAAUAAGGAUCUGACUCAGAUCCUGGGCACUAGGCUGAAAGACAUGAAGGCUGCAAAUCCUGCCAAGGAUGGGGACCUCUCAGCCUGGGCCACAGUGCUGGCUGUGCUCUGGCUGCAUGCUAAUGGCAAGGGCUUGAAAUGUGAAUGGGAGAUUCUGGAAAGGAAGGCAGUGGCCUGGCUUCAUGACCAUGCAGAAUGCUCCAUCCUCAGGCUAGUUCAAGCUGCAAAUAGAUUCCUGAAAUUGUCUGUGACUCCUGAUGUCUUUUUCUUCUGA